AUGGAAGUGUUUGCCUCUGGAAUGGCCGCUUAUGUACAGAAGCGGCGUGAUCGAGAAGAAGGCAUUGGUGAAAAUCACAAUGCUGUUAAGUAUUUAAACCAGGACUAUGAAACUUUAAGAACUUACAGCCAUCAAAACCGGAUGCUUUUCUGUGAUGAUGCCUUCCCUGCACAUCCCACUUCUCUGGGCUUCAAAGAAAUGGGUCCUCGAAGUUCAAAGACACAGGGUGUGACCUGGAAGCGACCUACUGAGAUCUGCUCAAAUCCACAAUUUAUUGUGGAUGGUGCAACACGCACAGAUAUCUGCCAGGGAGCCCUUGGUGAUUGCUGGCUUCUUGCUGCCAUUGCCUCUUUAACGCUGAAUGACACAAUCUUGCAUCGAGUUGUGCCUCAUGGACAGUCCUUCCAAAACCAAUAUGCUGGAAUCUUUCAUUUUCAGUUCUGGCAGUUUGGUGAAUGGGUAGAUGUUGUUAUUGAUGACCGGUUACCUGUAAAGGACAAUAAACUUUUGUUUGUUCAUUCUGCUGAAGGCAAUGAGUUCUGGAGUGCUUUACUGGAAAAAGCAUAUGCCAAGUUAAAUGGAUGCUAUGAAGCUCUUUCAGGGGGCAGCACUUCUGAGGGAUUUGAAGAUUUCACAGGAGGAGUCACUGAAAUGUAUGAACUCCGCAAACCCCCAAAUGACCUUUAUACAAUCAUUCAGAAAGCACUGGAGAGAGGCUCACUACUUGGAUGCUCAAUUGAUAUCACCAGCAGUCUUGACAUGGAAGCAGUGACUUUUAAGAAACUUGUGAAGGGCCAUGCUUACUCACUGACUGGGGCAGAGGAGGUAUCAUGCAGAGGCUUGCCAACAAAAUUAGUUCGAAUCCGCAAUCCUUGGGGAGAAGUGGAGUGGACAGGAGCUUGGAGUGACAAUUCUUCUGAAUGGUCUUCAGUUGAUCCAGCAUUUAGAAAUAAAUGGCAAAUUCGGAAGGAAGAUGGUGAAUUCUGGAUGUCUUUUAAAGAUUUUCUCCGUGAGUUCACACGUUUAGAAAUAUGCAACCUGACACCUGAUGCUCUAAAAUCAGCUCGGAUUAGAAAAUGGAACACCUGCCUAUAUGAUGGUAGCUGGAGGAGAGGAAGCACUGCAGGAGGUUGCCGCAACUAUCCAGCUACAUUCUGGAUCAACCCACAAUUCAAGAUAGCUCUGACUGAGUCUGAUAAUGAUGAUGGUCAGUCAGGGUGCAGCUUCCUUAUUGCAUUAAUGCAGAAAAACAGACGCCGAUUAAGAAAAGAGGGGCAAGACAUGGAGACAAUUGGAUUUGCUAUCUAUGAGGUCCCUGAUGAGUUUGUUGGUCAAUCAGGAGUUCAUCUGAAACGUGAAUUCUUCUUGACUCAUGGAUCCCGAGCUCGGUCUGAACUCUUUAUUAAUCUGAGAGAAGUCAGCUCUCGAUUCAAGUUACCUCGUGGAGAAUACAUUAUUGUUCCCUCGACUUUUGAGCCACAUAAGGAAAGUGAUUUUGUGUUAAGGGUAUUCUCUGAAAAACCAGCAGAUGCACAGGUGCUUGAUGAUGAAAUCCAAGCAAACUUUCCUAAAGAGGAUGAGGUUCCUGAAAGUCAGAUUGAUGCAGGAUUCAAAAAUCUAUUCUCUCAACUUGCUGGUGAUGACAUGGAGAUUAGUGUUACAGAACUACAGACCAUUAUGAACAGGAUUAUUAGCAAACACAAAGAUUUGAAGACAGAUGGUUUUAGUAAGGAAUCAUGUCGUAGCAUGGUGAACCUCAUGGAUAAAGAUGGUAGUGGAAAACUUGGCCUUGCUGAGUUUCACGUUCUUUGGAAUAAAAUUAAACGUUAUCUGCAAAUAUUCCGCGACUUUGACUUGGAUAAAUCAGGCACCAUGAGCUCCUAUGAGAUGCGCCUUGCACUUGAAUCUGCUGGGUUCAAGCUGACCAAGCAUCUUCAUGAGCUUAUAAUUAUGCGGUAUGCUGAUCAGGACAUGACUGUGGACUUUGAUAAUUUUGUCUGUUGCCUGAUUCGCCUCGAGGCCAUGUUUAGCAUUUUCAAGUCUAUGGACACAAAUGCAGAUGGACUUAUUUCUUUCAACUUUUCUCAGUGGAUCUCAUUUACAAUGUUUGCCUAGUGAGCACAGGAUUUUGUUCCAAAUCUGUUGUAUCAAAGCGCAUGUAUACCUUCUGAUCGUCAACAUUCUGACCUUUACCAAGUGCCUUUUAUCGGUGAUGGGACUCAAGAAUCCACUUCUUUCUUUAAAACAAAUAUCCUCUGUAACUUCCAGAUUAAUGCAACCUAUAAUUGUAGCAUGUGAAAAGGACUAUAACCAUUUUUAUCUGCUUGGAAUACCACAAUAUGCAUCUCAUUAUCAGAGAUUUUGUCUUGCAUAAUGUACAGUUUUGGUGCUUGUGAGGCAGUUCUCUGACACAGUGUCAGAUUUCAAACCACCCUGUGCUGUUUUCGUUUCACACUGCAAAUUACAGUAAAUAUGAACACUUGGCCUGACUUUACAAUGCUCAGGAACAGAACACUUCACCUCAGUCAGGGAUAAAAAUGAAAUAGUGCUUUAAAUUACCAAGUGGAAUGUGCACCAGAGAAUGUGGGUGAGCAAAAAGUGCAAUAUCCGUGAAUUUUGGUAUCGGAGCUUAAUCAAAUUGCGGGUGUGUUUUUUUUUAUUUUUUUGUUUUUUUAUUUUUUAUUAAUGCCAGCAAAACAUUAGUUUUCUUGUUUAUAUCUUUAAAUACUUUACACUUUGCUCAUCAUUUUUGUUGGAAAAAAUAAAGUGGUUAGCCAUUAAA